AUGGCAUUAUCCACCUCUCCACGCCACUCGGAGGCAUCAGAAGAGAUCAUCAAUGGAAAUUCUCUAUUCAUUGACGUCAAAAUGCCUUCGAUACCAUGGACGACCCAAAUCAACUUUGCGAGCGCCCUUCUGCUGCAUAGCUGUAUUACACUCGUUCUCAAAGAGGCCUUUAAUGUUCUUGAGAUUUCAAAGCGGGUUUUGUUACGUUUCUGGAACAGCCAUGUUCCCUGGAGAUCUCACGACCGCGUCAAAGAUCAGAUCAGCGCCUCGAUCGUCCUGGAUGCAUAUACCUCUAUCCUUUCGGGUGACCUGGAAGGCGAGCUUGCAGAAAUGUACUACACGAAUACCGGGUUUAUUCUGCUGGCUGUGUCGUUAGCUUCGAGCGUGGCGAUGAACCUCCUUGUCUCGAGCACGCUUCUCAACGCCUUCAUUGCAGCUACCUUUGGGGUUACAUUCUUCGCGUCACUUUUUGUUGGUGAAAAGGAGCUCACCUUGCCGAUACUGGCACUGCGAAGAGCUGGAAGGUUCAUUUGGUCCGAUACUCCCUUCGUCAACUUUUUCUCUUUGAUAUACAUCGCCACAGUCUUGGGGGGCCAAUCAACAUUAAGGCUCCAGGAUUACAUUACCUUUCGGAGUAUAGCAGUGUUGGAGUUGGUCUUCAUGAAAGCUAAGUUGGCAGCUUCGAGCCCCGAGAAGCAAGUACGUUUGAUGAGGCAGCUGGUUGAAACUGAGUGGGUAGCUGUAAACAGCAAACUGGAAAUCGAGUAUCUUAACCAGCCAUUCCCUAUCGCUCAGCGGAACGGCAUGAUUCCGUUCACAACAGCCCAAAGGCUCUCGAUAAUGCUGUUCAAGACGGCUGUUGGCUUCCAUUUUGGUUGCCUGCAAGGCCCACUUGGCCCAGCAAGCUGCCCGGUUCCCGAGAUCGGGUGUUACAUAGAUGAACCUGCAUGUGGAUGGAGGAUCUAUAGGUUAUCGGAGGAUAUAAUGUUCCUGUCAGACUGCUUCGUAGAGUCUUCCCCCAGGGGGCUCUGGGCACGAUUCAUCCUCAAAAGCCACGGUGUUCUCCUUCGCCAACUUGGGAAAGUCAGGGUUAUAUACUUCCUUCGAGCAGCAGGUGCUGACACAGGGACGGUUUCCGUAUGGCAUUCCAAUAUCAAUCUGGUAACUGGAGUAACAGGUAGAUGGCUGGACGAACAUUUCCGAUCUGCAGAUUCUGGUGAAAAGUGCGUGAUAGCAGGAAUAUGA